AUGUCGAAUUCUAAAAGAAAGCCAAAUUGGAGUGGAUCUGAAAUUGAGGCUCUCGCACAGGCUGUGGCUGAGAAUAUAAGAACAGUGAAGGGGAAGUUUACCCCCGCCCUGACGCAGGACGUGAAGAAUAAGUGCUGGAAUGCCAUAACGGAACGAGUCAAUGCUGUUAAUGACUCUAGAGCAAACAGGGACACUGCAGAAGUGAAAAAGAAAUGGCAAGACUUAAGCAGUUUGACUAAGAAAAAGGAGGCUGAGAGGAUUAAACAUCGCAGAGUUACAGGAGGAGGACCCGCGAUGAGUGAUCAUGAUGUAAAGCCAUGGGAACAACUGAUCAUUGGAACAUUUUCCAAGAGUGCUCUGGAGGGGGUGCAGGGAGGAAUCGAUACAGGGACACCAACCGAGCGAGAGACAUCAUACCCUUUUGAAGAAGCUGUUGAAACUACUCCAGCAGUAGACACUUGUGAAGAAACAAGUGAGGAGUUUGAGACAGGUAUUUUUGCAAAUUCUCUACCCUCUGCAGAUGGAGCAGCUGCAUACCCGUCCAUACAGAAUAAGAAAAAGAGAAAAAAUCCUCAAAGUAAUGAUAGUUGCAAAUAUGACAUCAGAAGAGAGUUUCUUGAUGGGGAGAAAGAAAAGAAUGCGGUCCUUGAAGAGUACAGGAAGAAGAAGAUUGCCUUAAAUGAGAAAAUUAUUGAGCAGCAAAGUGAGAUGAUUGCAUUGCAGAAAAGGACAGCAACAGCUUUAGAAGUUAUAGCCUUAAGAUGUGAACAUACAGUGCAACCAUCAUCACCAUUUUCAGUUUCACCUAUCAUUCAUUUUAAUACAUAG